AUUAGACAGAAAUCAUUCAUAAGACUUCAAUGUGAACAAACACUGAUUAAUGAUGUGAAAAUCUUUAGCACUUCUUAUAGAGUCAUGUUAUAUAUAGACACCGUGUUGUGUUGUGUUGUGUAGUUCAGUAAACACAGCAGCUACAGUAAAUGCUUCUGCUGUUCACUUGUUAAUGAUUUGACCUGAGACACUAAACCAUUGAUAUCUUAUUCACAGCGAAGGUCAUCUGUGUGUAGUAGAGGAUCAUGAAACGUUUAUGAGUCUGUGUGGAGGACACUGGAAAGAUAAAACUACACAACACACACCAGACCAACACUGCCGUAUCAGAUUUCAAACAACCACAGACAAAAAUAACCCAGUGCCUUAUGCAUUAUAUACAAAGAGUAGAAAUGAUUUACAUUUUUAAUCUGAAUUAAUCUAAUAAAAAUCAAUCUGGGCCAUGCAGAAAUGUAAAAUUCCUUUGGUGUGAACAAAGUUACGUUUUGGAGGUUUAUGAAUGUCCCCAGGUCGUGCCCCAUGUUAUAUUUUCGACCUAUAAAGUGUUCAUUAAAAAAAAGAUAAAAUAAAAGUUGAAAUAAAAAGUCGAUUUUCCCUUUUCACCAGUAGAGGGCAACACAGACUCUGGAUUCAUGUUUGCAGUCACGUGAUUGAUUGUAUGUUGGAGAGAGAGAGAGUUACUGUCGCAAAUCCCCUCCUUCAUCCCAUCUAGGCCAGUGUAUAUAAAUAAACCAGCAGAAAUAUCAUGGACAUCAUGAUCUCACCUCACAGUGACAACAGCACGAGAGCUGAAGACAUACUGACAGAGAUACGAGUAAACCUGCUGGAGUGUAAAGUUUGUUUCGAGAGCUUCUCAGUGCAGAAGAGAGACCAAACAGCCCAGAAUCUACCAUGUGGUCAUGUGCUCUGUCUGAAGUGUGUUUGCACCCUUACCCAUCCCGUCCAUCAUCGGCUGGAGUGUCCGUUCUGUAGGGAAGUUUGUGAAGCCGGCAGCACAUCACAAUGUCGAGCACUUGUUGAUCUCCAAGAUCUUCUGCAGACACAGGGAUCUCGCAGGCUUCCUGCUCUCCAACAACCCAUCAGCUGGACUCAAGGCCUUGGCUCGAGAGCACUCGAUCUCUAUUCAGCGUUUGGUGGCUGGGGUUUGAUCAUCAAUCCUUGUGGAAUAGCUGUAGAUGAAUCUUCAGGAGAGAUUAUAGUGGUGCACGAUGGUGAGAAGAGGGUUGCUGUCUUAAGUCGACAUGGGACAUCCAUACACGCUUUUGGAGGUUAUGGACAUGGUCCUGCAGAUGUCUGUCAUCCGCUUGACGUCGCUGUGGUUUCUUGUGGACACCUGGUGAUAACAGAUGCAGGUGAUGGGACCGUUAAGGUCUUUGAUUCCACAGGUUGUCCUGUGUUGACGGUCCGAGACUCUUUUAAACUGCCGUGGGGUGUCGAUGUUGACGGCUGUGGAUGGAUCUUGGUGACGGAUGCACAGAUGGGAACCCUGAACCAACUGGUGUUGGACUUUGAUCGUGGUGCAGUCUUAGUUAAUCGAGUCGUUCUCAAAGAUCUGAUGUGUCCACGGUCUGUGGCGUGUGACAGAAUAUCAGGAAACAUUGCUGUCGUGGAGCAUCUUGAGAAGAGUGGGGUUGCUCAUGGCAACUUUACUCCAUCAUGUCUAAAAAUAUAUAAUAGUGAUUUUGUUCUUUUAACAGUGGUGGACAGUUUUGGUCUGAAUCUGAUGGACUCUGUGUGCAUCUCCAUAUCUUCUGUGGUUUUUGACAGAAACGGAGAUGUAAUUGUGGGGGACACACAGCGGGGAAUGGUGUGGAGUUUGGGCAAACCUCAGAUAUCAGCUGUGUUAACUCCACUGGUGAGUGGACUACUGUGUCCAGUAGGAUUGACUUUAACAACAGAUAAUGAGCUUAUAGUUCUGGACAGUGGUGAUCACACAGUGAAGUUUUACACUGAAUACACAGAAGAUUUGUACAGUGAGAGUAAAUGAGGUUAACUUGUGUAGUAAAUCAGAACAUGCCCGCCCAAAUAAAGCUGCAAUCUGUAGUUGUGUCCUCUCUAUCGCCAUCUCUGUUUCUGAUAUAAAUUGCAGUUAUUUGCAGAAUAAUUUUCUGUGGGUUGCGCUGCUUCAGUAUUUUAUUCCCUCAGAUGUUGAAAAGUCCUGGAGUGUAUCCCAGAAAACUGGUUAUGUGACUUACCCAGGUAAGUUUAGGAGUUAGCAAGCGGAUAAGCUUUCAGUUUCAAAAACUGAGGUAACUAUAAGUAACCAUAGUAACUGACUCUAUGAGGAUAACCAGAGCAGGUUAUGUUCCAGGGUUAGUUCAUUUAAGUUAAUGACACGCCGCUUUGGAGGAUGUCUGCGCAUGUGUGUAAAAGAUUAGUUUGAACACCAUUGUUUUCUUAUUAACUGAUUUUUGUUGGUUUUUAAAGGAAUAGUAUUUCGACUCGGCGCAGUAACACCCUCCUUAUCCCAUUAUGAGAGGGAGAAGGGGAGCGGAUUUUUCAGGCGAGUUGAAGUACUCCCAAAAGUGCUGUUCCGCCAUACAAUAUAGUUCCUCUAUUAAAUCCGCUUAGAAAAGCGCUAUGUUUUAUUUUGUACCACCAAACUUGCUCGUAUAACUACUCAUCUUAAAUAGGAAAAACGUUGAUGUGUUUGGUCACUUCUAACUUUAUCUCUGAGUGGUACCAUUAAAUGAAUGGGGCUAAGCUAAAUGCUAUCGAAGUGUCGCAGUGCGCUCCAGCGCUUACGUGCACGUACUAAGAUGAUAGAGGGAUGUAUCAACUCUUCUUAGUUAAGGUAAUAACAUAGUUUAAUAUUGAAAAUGAGUAGACUAUUCCUUUAACUGAAAGCUUAAACGGAUUGAUGAUACAAAAGUGUAAACUCAGGUCUUGUAAUAUUCUUUGUUUUUCUCUGACACUUCUCAACAUCUAUGUGAUGAAUACUACUUCAUGCAACAGCUUUAAAACACACAAUGAUUUUCUUAUGGAUUUCACACAACUUAGUUAUUGUAAGCUUUCACAGCAGGCACAUGGAUAUCACUACAGAUGAAUUACCAUUUAACUUAAGUUAACAAUAACUAAUUGUCCAUAGAUAAAAUUACUUCAGAAUAAUUUUAGAUACAGAUAUGUUUUGAAAAUCUGUCCCUGUAGUUUAGUUGGUAGAGCAUUGCAAUAGCAGCACAAAAAGUAAUGGGUUUGAUCCCAGUUAACACAUGAUGAAAUCUAAAGCAUAAAUGCACAGUGAAUUGCCGUCUGCCAAAUGCAUACAUGUUAUUUUACACAAACUGUGAUUCUAGUAAAUAGAUGUGUCUAUAAAAUAAAAAUGCAUCAUGUGUUUAAAAUCUGGUUGCAUUUUAAAAAGCACUGUGUUUAAGGACACUUAAACUUAAGACAAUAAGUAAAUAACAAAUGAUGGCCACUGAAAGUGUGCAUACAUUAAAUUUGUAUUAUACCACGGGGCUGUUGAUGCUUUAUUCUGAUGCUUUAUUCUGUUGAAUGCCUUAUUCUGAUGGGUUAAGACAUUUUUAAACAAUAAGAUGAGCUUCCCACCUUGGAUGUGCAUUAUUCCUUAAUUAAAUGAUUGUAAAUUUGAAUGUUUCAUCCACAGUAAUUAAAGCACCUAGAGGGAAAUCUCACAAUCA